UGAUACAGUGAUGCGAGGGGUAAAGGUGAGGAGUUGAGAGAAGAGGGCGCCAACAGGGAGUGGAAGAAGAGCUCGGGAUGAAGGGGAUUCUAAUGAAGAAGAAGCGAGGACUGAAAGCAGAGAAAUAAAAUGGAGUCUGAGUUGGUUUUGAAUCUUCGUCGUCAGCUCAAAGAGGCUGAAGAAGAGCGAAUGAAAGCAGCACAGUAUGGUUUACUGCUCUUGGAGAGCCAAAAUGACUUGCAGAACCAAUUGGAUAAAAUGAGAAGUGAAAUAAUGAGCACCACAGAGAAUUAUGAACAAGAAAAAUUUACUCUUCAGAGAGAAGUUGAACUUAAAAAUCGAAUGUUGGAAAGUUUGAAUUCUGAAUGUGAUGCCAUUAGACAACAGCAAAAAUUGCAGUUGGAAAAAUUGGAAGAACAGCUAUCAAGAAGCCAUGGACAGGAAGUGAAUGAACUUAAAAACAAGCUGGAAAAGUUGAAAGCUGAAUUAGAUGAAGCUCGACUAAGCGAAAAACAAUUGAAACACAAAGUAGAACAUCAGAAAGAAAUCUUGUCUGCUAAAUCAGAGGAAUUGCGGAUAAUGUCUGAGCGUGUACAUGAAACCAUGUCUUCAGAGAUGCUGAGUCUUCAGGUUGAGAUAACCGAGUUGGAAAGUGUGAAGGCCAGUCUUGAGGAAAGAAUGAAUGAGCUGCAGUAUAGACAAGAACAGCUAGAACUUACUAAUAACAACUUACAGCACCAACUAGAAUGCCUUCAAGGGGAAAAAGAAGACAGAGAGAAAGAAGUUGUUUCAUACUUUAAUGCAUUAGAGAAAGCUCGUGUAACUAAUCAGGAUCUACAAACACAAUUGGACCAUGCAUUGCAGCAGUCAAUGGACCCCAACAGUAAAGGCAACUCUUUGUUUGCAGAGGUGGAAGAUCGAAGGGCAGAAAUGGAACGACAGUUGAUCAGUAUGAAAGUCAAGUAUCAAUCUCUUCAAAAACAACAUUUAUUUAAUAGAGAACAGAUGCAAAGAAUGAAGCUACAAAUUGCCACACUGCUACAGAUGAAAGGGUCACAAACAGAAUUUGAGCAGCUAGAACGCUUGCAGGCUAUGUUAGAGCAGAAGAAUGGUGAAAUAGAAAAUCUUUUAGUGAAGAUAAAGCAAUUAGAGAAAUUUAAGAAUUUAUAUGAAAACAUGGAAUCCAAGCCCUCUAGUAGCUUGUGUACUCCAGAGGAUAAUUCAUAUUAUAUCGAUUUACUUCAAAUGAAGCUUGAAAACUCAAACAAAGAGAUUGAAAAGGUUAGAGAUGAGCUAUCCUUACAGCGGAUGAAGGCAUUAUAUGAGAGCCAGCGGGUUUUGGAGGUAGAGAGAAAACUUUUUACAAAUGAAAGGCAUCUCCAGCUUUUCCAAAGUGAAAAUAUGAACCUGAGAGUUAAACUAGAUGAGCUGAAAAUGAAAUAUGAACCUGAAGAGCCAGUUGAAAUACCUGUACAUAAAAGAAAGCGUGAGAAGUUGCCUCUGGAUGUACCUCUUUGUAAAGAUGUGGUUACUACUAGCACUGUCCUAGAAGACCCUUCUAAUUUAACCUCUAACAGUGAGACUUCUGCAAGUAAUAUAGGAGGAGAAAGCCAGAUCCCAUCAGAAAAUUCUAGGAAUUCAGCUAUGACUCUCCCUCUCUCCCAAACUCUACCUGUGGAUCAGCAACCUCUGAAGGAAAAGAAGUGUGUGAAAAUCAUUGGCAUUCCUUCCAGUCCAGAAGUUUUACGUGAAAAAAAUGACAACACCAAUAAUUCUUCCAGGUCAGUGGCCUCUCUAGUGUCUCCUCAAGACAGUGGGCAGGCACUUUCAUCUGUUUUCUUUCGCUGCAUGACCUGUGCUCUCCAUUUCUUUGUCUGUUUUCUUAGCGUUGCAUGCAAUGUGAUCCUUCAGCUUCACCUGCCUCCCUUCAACUUUCCCAAAACUCUAAAAAAGACUAAAAUGAUAUCAGAUAGAAAGGACUCAUAAACAGUGGAGCUCUAUUCUCAUAAAUUUAGAAUUGCUUUUUUCAUGUGACAAGAUUAUUUUGUUUUUGAAAAAGAAACAUCACAAUAAAUGUACUAAACAUAUUCUUUGAAUGAAUAUGCUACAUUUCUAGUUUGGUGGUAGUCAUGAGGGGAAAUUUCAUCUGUCUUCUUUCUAAAAGAGCGUGUCCUAAGAAACUUCAUCAAGGAGAAAAUUGUUUUAACCCUUAAUUUGAGCCUGAAUAAAUUGUCAGUUGUUGAAGCUUUAAGAGCCUUCAAGACUAUGCUUUGAUAGAUAUAUAUUCUGGUUCUGCCAUUUUAGUUUUAUUUUUUAAGCUUGUCCCUGUGAUGUCUCUUCCAUGUGAUUAAAUUGGGUGUUACAGAGGUAAUAAGACAUUUUUGUGAAAGAGAUGUCUUGCUAAGGGACUAGUUAUCUUGAGAGGCAAAAAAAAGAUUGAGUUUGAAUAAAGGAGUUUUCUGGAAAAAAGUGAGUAAGAGCAGGUUAGUGGAAGGGGGUUGAUAACAUAAAAUAAUAAGCUAGGGAAAUUUUGUUGAUUGAGUCUGUGUGUUUAGAGAAGAAUAUAAGUGUCAAAAUAGUGGAAAGGAACUGUGUCCAGUAGAGUCAUUGACUUAAAUAGUCCUACUUGUGGUGUGAAAUUAAAUUUAUGAAUUGCCACAAUCUGAUUAAGGCUGGACCAAGGUAUAACCCAGAAGAAAAAAGAAAGGCAUACUUGAAGGAAAUUGAGAGGAGAAGAAGGCAUUAUGGAUGGAGAAGAGAAGGGAGAAAAGGAAUAUAAUAAAGAGGAAAUGGUAGAAUUGACUUUGGUGCUACAGGGUUGCCUAUUCAGGAAUUUUAAAGUACUGCUAUCCUAAGAGAGUGGGGAAAACAAAGAGAAAGUUAAUUUGCAAAAGUGAAAUAUACUCUAGUUUGUAAUAAGGGCUACUUUAAUAUAUUUAGUUUUAGUCUUCUUUUAAUCAGCAAGCAAUACUUAUUUCAAUUCAGAGGAGGAUAGAUCCAAAUGCUGUAGGAAAGAGAAGAUGAAAAUUAUGCUCUUUGGCUUCAAUAAAAACAUCUAGGGUUAUUUAUUUUGCCUGUAAAAAUAGUUUAAUGUUAGAAGAUAGAAAAUUAAUAAGAUGUAAAUUUAGGAAUUUUAAAACACAUGACCAGUUCUUCAUUGUUUUGCAACUGUGUAAUCUCAGUGUUGUUAUUUAAUUUAUAUUAGGAUAUCUCUUAUUACAGCAUUUACAAGAUGAAGUGUUCUAAUAUUAAUUCCUCUCUCUGAAUGUUUCACUGAGCAUGUACAAGUUGCUUUACCGGCAGUAUUACAUGUAGGGUACAUAAUAUAUAAAUAACUUUGACAAUUUCAAAGCCAGAAGUAAUUUUAAGAAACAGUAUCUGAAGUUUCAUGUUCCAGAUAUUGCUAAAAUCAAGUCAUCAAAUUAUGUUUAACUUUUUUGUGUCUGUGCAUCAUUGUAUAAGGAUGCUUUAUUUCUGUAUGUUUUUGUGCGGUCUCAAGAAUUGAAUAAUGCA